AUGGCAGUUUCUACUCUAGAUUACAGCAAGUUCAUCUCCGGGACCCCUGAGGAGCGCAAACAGUUUGCACAUGACCUGCUCAGUAGCUUCGAGAAGACUGGAUUUGCAAAGUUGAAGAACCAUACUUUCAGUAAUGACCAACUCCGAGAGCUGUUUCACUGGGGUCACUCGUUUUUCAACCAGCCUCUAGAGGACAAGAAUACUAUCCCAAAUGCGCCUGGGCCUAGGCCUAUGCGUGGCUACACGCCUUGGCGAGUAGAGGAGGUCGGAAAGCUGCACCAUGAUGAGAAAGUCCGCAUCUUGAGAGACUCGAAGGAGCACUUUGACCAGGGUCCUUCUGACGACGUGGAAUUCCCCAACAAAUGGCCCACAGCGUCCAGCCUGUCCGGCUUCCGCCCCUUUAUGGAAGCCUUCUACCAGCAGUGCAAUGAUGUCUGCCUAACCCUGAUGCAUGCCCUCGAAGUCGCCUGGGACAUUGACGACGGGUCUCUCGUUGCUCGGUGCGCCCCCAGCGCCACUGACAUGCGACUUACACACUAUCCUGAAAUCGCCGUCGAUGAGCUGCAGACGGGACGCACCACCCGCAUUGCCCCCCACACGGACUUUGGCCCCAUCACCUUGCUGUUCCAGGACAGCACCGGCGGGCUGGAGAUUGAAGACCGCAGCGCCAACCAGUUUGUUCCCCUGCCGCCGACUGACACGACUGAGAUGAUUCUCAAUGUCGGCGACACGUUGACCCGCUGGACCAAUGGAAGAAUCACCGGAGGCAUGCACCAGGUUGCUGUGCCCGAGGCAAUGAGGGGGAAGAGUGGAUUGGUGAUUCCGUCUCGGAUGUUUAUGGCUUAUCUGUUCAAGGCUGGACGUGAUACGUCCGUUGGACCGCUGCCUAAGUUUGUCUCUGAGAAGGAGCCUGCAAUCUAUCCUGACAUUACCGCUCUUGAGUUUCAGCGCUGGAGGAACAGCAUUGUUUAUAAUCUUGACAAGGAGGAAGAUAGUGUCAAGUAUAAUGGGCAUGCUGGCAAGCCCGUGGCGGCGGCGGGCCUCCAGCAACUCCACGCUAUCCGCGCUUAA